GGGAAAAAUGCUUAUUGCAGUGUUAAAUCAGAGGCCCAUUUUCAUGAAUAUGUAUCAUUUUGGGGGAUAAAAUCCAUAUGGCAAAGUCGCCCCUGACCUCCAGGACCAGGAGAGAUCGGCGUGUCCCUCACUGCUCCCGGUGGCCUCUCCCCUCCAUGGCCCCCCUGGCUCACGCCCUGGCACUGCUGGCAAUGACCUUGGCCACUGCAGCCAUUGAUGUGAAGUGGAUGGACACGGCCCCGAACUCCUUCGAUGACCAGUACCUGGGCUGUGGCCCUGCCAUGACCGCGGCGUUGCCGGCCCUCAACCGCUCUGAGUUCCAGAAGAAUCCUCUGUUUGCCGAAGUUUGGCUUAAGGCUGUGGCUGAGUGGAAGGACCGGGGGUCCCGUGUGUCCCCUCUGUCGUCCCCAGCCCAGGCCAUUGCUCUCAGGGCCUACACCAUGGAGGAGAUGCGCUUGUAUCAGGAGUUCAACGCAGCCAUGCGCGAGGCUGGAAGUAGCAGCUGGAAAUACCGGAAUGAAUUCCACUUCAAAUCGCUGCAUUUCCUGCUGACCCAGGCCCUCCAGAAGCUGAGACGACCAAACCAGUGUUAUGAUGUGCACCGGGGGGUGAAGAACACCCAGUUCAAUGUGAAUAAAAAUGACAAAGUCCGCUUUGGUCAGUUUGCAUCAUCGUCCAUGGAUAUAAAGGUGGCCUGGAAAUUUGGGCAUGGCACUAUAUUCAAGGUGAACACGUGCCACGGCGUGGACAUCCAGGGAUUCACCAGCUUUCCAGAGGAGGAGGAGGUGCUGAUCCCACCCUUUGAGACAUUCAAGGUCACCAAUGUGAGCAAGAUAGGGAAUACAAUGGUUAUUGAUCUUCAAUCCACGGGGAACGCCAGCAACUACAACUGCGAGUGGCUGAAAGGUGGGAGCCUCCCCAGGAACUCCCCCCACCUCGGUGGGCUUCUCCUGGCCACCGUGGCCAUGGCAGUGGUCACUGGAACCCUCUGAGCCACGACGCCACCAAGGUUGUUGUGAUCUUGGAGGCCACUGUGGCCACCAUGCCCACAAAUGCCACCAGGACCUGCAGAGAAAAGAGGACACCAAGGCUACCGAGGCUUGUUGUUGUAAGAGAAACAAAAGAAGUGGCCAAGCUCAGGGGAGGAGGGCAUCUGGUUGCACUUCUCUCAUCUGGUGAGACAGAAACUUUAAAGAAUUAAGAAUUUUAGAGGGGUUAUGAUUUUAGUUAGUGAUAAGCUUUUCUGAAAUUAGCUAAAGUAGACAUGUAGGCUUUGCUGAAAUUAAAGGUUCGUAAUUAACUGAGAGAAACUGGGUUUGGGAUCACUCUUCUGUGUUAGAAUAACUGAUGACUUGUCAACUUUAUGUUUUGUUAGCUGUGUUUAUAAUGAAGAAUACAGAACCUGAUCAAUAGCUUUUAGGAACAUAAGGGAAUUGUAGGCCUCCUCUGCACAGAAACCCAUUGAACGGUCAUGAAGACAGGAAAUAGGAGUCCUACCAAGCGUUCAUUUCUCAUAUUUGCAUUGACAUGGUAGAAAGGUCAGAACGAGGAAGACUUCCUUACUUCCUCAUUUUGGGGACCCAUCCCCAUGAAAAGGAGCACCGACCCAUUUCAAAGAACAAACGACGCAUGCUUCAUUGCCUUUUAGCUAAUUAACAUAAGAAGCGGGGAAUGGGAUGUACCAUGGUUAUGAAUAUGCAUUUGCG